AUGAUACUGUCCUUGUUGACUCAUGCCCUGCUAGGAAGUAGUUUCUUUUGGAAUGGCUUCGUUGGAGCUCUUGAGGAUACGAAGCAUGGCAGCAACCAAGAGGCUUUGGGAUUCGGCAUAGAUGGGGAAAGGUAUAAGACAGCUUGUCCAGAUUACAAACAUUACUCUGUAGUCCCUCAUCGACCCUUGAGCAAGGGACCAUUGGCUUUACCAUAUCAACGACCCUCGCCACACUGUCGAACGUUUUCAUCGUCCCUUGUAGAGGAAAUCAUCGAGGAGAUCAGCGCCCGGAUGGAGGAUAAAGACCUGGCAAGGAUAUUCGAAAACGCUUUCCCGAACACCUUGGAUACUACAGUCAGAUGGCACGUCGAUUCGACAGAGAAGCACAAGCGUUACCGCGAUGGAUCAUGGGAAGGAGCGCAGAGCUUUAUUGUAACAGGAGACAUCAAUGCUGAAUGGCUCAGGGACUCCACGAAUCAGUUGGCACAGUACCAAGCAUUGGCCAAGAAAGACAAAAGGCUGGAGACCCUUAUUCUUGGUGCUAUUAACACACAAGCUGAGUAUGUUAUCGAAUCGCCAUAUUGCAAUGCUUUCCAGCCGCCGCCGCCCAGCGGUGAGCCUGCCGUCAACAACGGGCAAGACGAUACUGUCCAUCCAGCAUAUGAGCCUUCCAGGGUGUUUGAAUGCAAAUAUGAACUUGACUCGCUUGCUCAUUUCCUCGCCUUGGGGAAUCAAUUCCACAACAGUACUGGCUCAAAGGCAUUUUUGAAUUCAAGAUGGUACAUUGCCUUGGAUACCAUCCUCGAGGUUCUGACUGAACAAGCCAAACCAACCUUCAAUUCUGCAACUGGAAAAUUUGAGAAAAACGAAUACCUCUUUCGAAGAAUGACAAACCGGGGGACGGAGACGUUGAGUCUUUCGGGGAUUGGCAAUCCCCUGGGAGCGGGAACCGGACUUAUUCGAAGUGCUUUCAGGCCCAGUGAUGACGCUACGAUCUUAGGUUUCUUUAUCCCGGCGAACGCAAUGAUGGCUGUCGAGCUAAAGCGGACUGCUGAACUUUUGAAAUCCGCUGGGAAAGACGCUCUUGCUGGUAGAUUGAAAGAACAAGGUGAAACCAUAGAAAAGGGCGUAUGGGAACACGGUGUGGUGACCAAUAAGAUAUAUGGCGAAGUAUUCGCAUUUGAGGUCGACGGCUAUGGAUCUUCGAUUCUCAUGGAUGACGCUAACCUGCCGUCGCUGUUGGCACUACCUUUGCUAGGCUUUGUCGAUGCGAACAACAAAGUUUACAGGAAUACCAGAAAGAUGAUACUGGACCGAGCGGGCAACCCCUAUUGUCUCGUCGGAAAGGCUUUCUCGGGGGUUGGCGGUCCGCAUGUUGGGUUGCAACACGCUUGGCCUAUGAGUCGUCUUGUCCAGGCGAUGACGAGUAACGAUGACGAUGAGAUAAAGCAGGUCCUCAAUAAUGUCCGAGACACGAGCAAGCUUGGUCUUAUCCAUGAAAGUGUCAAUGUGGGGCGAGUGGCUGAUUAUACUCGAAGCUGGUUUGCAUGGGCUAACUCAGUCUUCGCUCAGACUAUUCUUGAUCUUGCAGCAAGGAAGCCGCAUCUAAUAUUUGGGGAGGGUGCGAAGCCGUUUGUCAUAGCCUGA